CAAUGUACAGCAUUUCGACCGGGCGAAACGAACACCACCAGGAUUCGAGCGCACACUAAACCGUACAGCCCGUGCCGCCACGGCAUCAAAGUGCCCAGCCAACAGCCUGGACCUAGCAGAACCAGACCUCAACUUGUGCUGCAUCUCAACCCGGCCUGUAAUACUUUGGAUCUUUGACCGAGAAAUCGAUAUUUCAACACCGAAGAGACUGAGAGAGAGGGGUUCCUACUGGUCCCGCCCUCGUCGCGAAAGUGAACCGACAAGAUGGUCAACAUCACGGAAAAGAUCAAGGAGAUUGAGGAUGAGAUGAGAAAGACGCAGAAGAACAAGGCCACAGAAUAUCACUUGGGUCUAUUAAAAGGAAAACUAGCACGCCUCCGCGCCCAGCUCCUCGAGCCCGGGCCAGGCUCUGGCGGCGGCCCGGGUGCGGGCUUUGACGUGAGCAAGUCUGGCGACGCGCGGAUAGCCCUCGUGGGUUUUCCCUCGGUCGGCAAGUCGACCUUCCUGUCGAAGGUGACCAAGACGCGGUCCGAGGUGGCCUCGUACGCCUUCACCACGCUCACCGCGAUCCCCGGCGUGCUCGAGUACGGCGGCGCCGAGAUCCAGCUGCUCGACCUGCCGGGAAUCAUCGAGGGCGCUGCCGAGGGCAAGGGCAGAGGGCGGCAGGUCAUCAGCGCGGCCAAGACGAGCGACCUGAUCCUGAUGGUGCUGGACGCGACGAAGCGCGCGGAGCAGCGGGCGCUGCUGGAGGCCGAGCUGGAGGCCGUGGGGAUCAGGUUGAACCGGGAGCCUCCAAACAUCUACCUCAAGCCGAAAAAAGCAGGCGGCAUGAAAAUCACCUUUUCCUCGCCGCCCAAGAACAUUGACGAGAAGAUGGUCUUCAACAUCCUGCGCGACUACAAGAUGCUCAACGUCGAGGUGCUCGUGCGCGACGACGAGGUGACGGUCGACGACUUCAUCGACGUCAUCAUGCGGGACCACCGCAAGUACAUCAAGUGCCUGUACGUGUACAACAAGAUCGACUCGGUGUCGCUCGACUUCCUCGACAAGCUCGCCCGCGAGCCCCACACGGUCGUCAUGAGCUGCGAGCUCGACCUGGGCAUCCAGGACGUCGUCGACCGCUGCUGGAAGGAGCUCCAGCUCAUCCGCAUCUACACCAAGCGCAAGGGCUCGGACCCGGACUUUAGCGAGGCCCUCAUCGUGCGCAGCAACAGCACCGUCGAGGACGUGUGCGACCGCAUCCACAGGACGCUCAAGGAGACGUUCAAGUACGCCCUCGUGUGGGGCGCCAGCGCGCGGCAUGUCCCGCAGAGGGUUGGGUUGGGCCAUCCGGUGGCGGACGAGGAUGUCGUGUAUAUCGUCAGUGGAUACAAGGCGUAGUCGAACAAAACAAAACUUUUGGGUGAGGCCAACUACAAGAAUGUGCACAAGCACUUUACAGACAUGC